AUGCCAUUCUACGGGCGUGCCCGGGGCCGUAUCAGUGGCCCCGCGGUCCUGGGCAAGCCCCGAGCCCCAUCUACAGAUGGGUACAUCUCUGUCGCCGCACCUGAAAAUGCCUGCUGUGAACGCCUCUGCUCCCACAGUGAGGCUGCCCCCAUAUGGGCCAGCACUUCACCAGUUGGUCCCUUACCCUCAGCCAGCCACCCAGGCCUCAAUACCCAGGUCGCCAUGGAUCGGAUGAAGAAGAUCAAGCGGCAGCUGUCAAUGACACUCCGAGGGGGCCGAGGUGUGGACAAGACCAAUGGUGCCCCUGAACAGAUAGGCCUGGAUGAGAGUGGGGGUGGUGGCGGCAAUGACCUCGGAGAGGUACCCACUCGUGCCGCUCCUGGGGAACCUCGCUCUGGACGGGGCCCUCUCAGUUCUGCACCAGAAAUUGUACACGAGGACUUGAAGAUGGGGUCUGAUGGGGAAAGUGACCAGGCUUCAGCCACGUCCUCCGAUGAGGUGCAGUCGCCAGUGAGGGUGCGCAUGCGCAACCAUCCCCCACGCAAGAUCUCCACUGAGGACAUCAACAAGCGCCUAUCACUACCAGCCGACAUCCGGCUGCCUGAGGGCUACCUUGAGAAGCUGACCCUCAAUAGCCCCAUCUUUGACAAGCCCCUCAGCCGCCGCCUCCGCCGUGUCAGCCUGUCUGAGAUUGGCUUUGGGAAACUGGAGACCUACAUCAAACUAGACAAGCUGGGAGAGGGUACCUAUGCCACCGUCUACAAAGGCAAAAGCAAGCUCACGGACAACCUUGUGGCACUCAAGGAGAUCAGACUGGAACACGAAGAAGGGGCACCCUGCACCGCCAUCCGGGAAGUGUCCCUGCUCAAGGACCUCAAACAUGCCAACAUCGUCACGCUACAUGACAUUAUCCACACGGAGAAGUCCCUCACCCUUGUCUUUGAGUACCUGGACAAGGACCUGAAGCAGUACCUGGAUGACUGUGGGAACGUCAUCAACAUGCACAACGUGAAACUGUUCCUGUUCCAGCUGCUUCGUGGCCUGGCCUACUGCCACCGGCAGAAGGUGCUACACCGAGACCUCAAGCCCCAAAACCUGCUCAUCAACGAGAGAGGAGAGCUCAAGCUGGCCGACUUUGGCCUGGCCCGGGCCAAGUCAAUUCCAACGAAGACCUACUCCAAUGAGGUGGUGACACUGUGGUACCGGCCCCCCGACAUCCUGCUUGGGUCCACGGACUACUCUACCCAGAUUGACAUGUGGGGUGUGGGCUGCAUCUUCUAUGAGAUGGCCACAGGCCGGCCCCUCUUCCCAGGCUCCACGGUGGAGGAACAGCUGCAUUUCAUCUUCCGUAUCUUAGGAACCCCAACUGAGGAGACGUGGCCAGGCAUUCUGUCCAACGAAGAAUUUAAGACAUACAACUACCCCAAGUAUCGAGCCGAGGCCCUUUUGAGCCAUGCACCCCGACUUGACAGCGACGGGGCUGACCUCCUCACUAAGCUGCUGCAGUUUGAAGGUCGCAAUCGGAUCUCCGCAGAGGAUGCCAUGAAACAUCCAUUCUUCCUCAGUCUGGGGGAGCGGAUCCACAAACUUCCUGACACUACUUCCAUAUUUGCACUAAAGGAGAUCCAGCUACAAAAGGAGGCCAGCCUUCGGUCUUCGUCAAUGCCUGACUCAGGCAGGCCAGCUUUCCGCGUGGUGGACACCGAGUUCUAAGCCAGAGACCGAGGCCCCAGCAGGCAGCAGCUGGAGGGAUGCCACUCCCCCUCACAGGGCAGCCCCCAACUGUAUCCUCCUUGCUUGCUGCCUGCCUACCUGCCUGACUCAUGCUCGCCUGCCCACAUGUCCCCUGCUGCCUGUCCAAACACCCGACCAUUGGCCUGUCAACCCACCCAUUGGCCUGUCUGCUGGGUGCUAACAAAGCUCUCAUCGCUC